AAUGGAAGACGAUUCAGGUGUUAUGACUGAUUUUGAAGAUUUGAUUGAAGACGUGUUCAAACUUCGUAAAAAGUUAAAAGCAAAAACCGGGUGUGUGGAAUGUGCUGGAAAUAAAGAAAUAAUCGAAUUGUGUAGAACCGCAAUCAAAAAGCCCAUAAAAGCCCUGUCACUUUUCGAAAAUAUAAAAAAACUGCAAAAAGACUACGAUGAGUUGUAUAUAAAGUAUCAAAGAGUCAACACCGAAUAUAUCAGAUUAACAAAUCCAG